CAUUCCGCUCACUGUUAUAUUGCGUAUUGUAAACAAAAGACGCCUUUAACAUAUCUGUUGGAACUAUGGCUUCCUUGAUGAAGUUGCGGAAUGUCAACAAAAUUGUUGGUGUACUGAGGAAUCACAAUGCCUCAAUGGCGUCGGCUGCCGUGAUGCCGAACAGGAAUCCUGAUAUACAACACAAACAGGUUUUCAUCAACAAUGAGUGGCGCGAUGCAGUGAGUGGUAAAACUUUCCCCACAGUUAACCCCGCCACUGGGGAGGUCAUCUGUCAUGUCGCAGAGGGAGACAAAGUUGACGUAGACAUAGCAGUAAAGGCUGCACAGGAUGCCUUCAAGCUUGGUUCUCCUUGGCGCAGGAUGGAUGCAGGGGAACGCGGGUAUCUCAUGAACAGAGUGGCAGAUCUUAUUGAGAGGGACCGCAAGUACCUGGCUGAGUUGGAAACACUGGACAAUGGGAAGCCAUUCCAGGUGGCAUACAAUGUUGACCUGGAGCUUGUCCUCCGCUGCUACCGGUACUAUGCUGGUUGGGCAGACAAGAACCAUGGCAAAACUAUCCCCAUUUGGGGAGACUUUUUCUGCUACACGAGACAUGAGCCAGUUGGUGUGUGUGGACAGAUUAUCCCUUGGAAUUUUCCCCUGCUGAUGCAGGCAUGGAAGCUAGCACCUGCCCUGUCGCUAGGUAACACAGUUGUCAUGAAGCUGGCAGAACAGACACCCCUAUCCGGCCUCCAUAUUGCCUCAUUGUUCAAGGAGGCUGGCCUCCCUGAAGGGGUGCUUAACAUAAUACCAGGCUACGGCCCCACCGCAGGGGCUGCUAUUUCCAGGCACCCUGAAGUUGACAAGGUUGCCUUUACUGGCUCAACUGAGGUGGGCCAGAUGGUGGCGGCGGACGCAGCCCAGUCCAACCUGAAGAGAGUCAGCCUGGAGCUGGGAGGGAAGAGUCCCAAUAUCAUCUUUUCCGACGCUGACUUGGACAUGGCGGUGGAUCAGGCCCAUUUUGGUUUGUUUUUCAACAUGGGCCAGUGCUGCACGGCAGGCUCACGCUGCUACGUGGAGGAGGGUAUCUAUGACGCAUUUGUUGAGAAAAGUAUGGAGAAGGCCAAGAACCGGACCAUUGGGGAUGGUUUUGAUCCCAACAAUGACCAGGGACCUCAGGUAGAUGAGGACCAGAUGAACAAGAUCCUUGCGAUGAUCAAGUUGGGGAAGGACCAAGGUGCCCGCCUUAUCACAGGGGGAGGUCGCUAUGGUGACAAGGGGUACUUUGUCCAGCCAACAGUGUUCAGCGAUGUUGCUGAUAACAUGACCAUUGCCAAUGAGGAGAUAUUUGGACCAGUGAUGCAGAUCAUGAAGUUUAAGACAGUGGAUGAGGUGAUUGAGCGUGCCAACAUCAACAAGUAUGGACUGGCGGCUGCUGUUGUCACCAACGAUAUCAGCCGCGCCCUAAAUGUGGCCAACAGUGUCCGAGCUGGGACUGUCUGGGUAAACUGCUAUGAUGUCUUUGACUCUUGCUCGCCAUUUGGCGGCUUCAAGAUGUCGGGCAAUGGUCGGGAGUUGGGAGAGUAUGGGUUGGAGGCCUACACAGAGGUCAAGAGUGUGAUCAUCAAGGUUCCAACAAAGAAUUCCUAGGCUGUUUGAGAAAAGCUGCAGCUUCAGAUGACAUGUCUGCUAAUGGAGGCUAGACGCAAAAUCACCCUUCAUACAUAUACCAUUGGGAUCAAUUAAUACUUUAAAAAUGCAUUUCUAUUUGAGGUUUGUUUGGUUUAUAGUUGCUUACAUGUGUUAUAUAAUUGUUAAAUGUAAUGUUAAGGUUGUAAUAACAGAACAUGAGUAUAGUCAAGUUAAUCAGCAUUAUUGUAUACUAAAGAUAUUCCUAUACAUGUGUUCAUGAAUAAUGCUCUGUAACUACUGUAGUUCUAUUCAGAUGUACAUUUUGAAGAAAAACCAUUGUCUGUUGUUUAAAAUUUCCAAAGAAAGUAGUGUAAAAUUGUAUUAUUAUUAAUCAGUAUUUCCUAUGUGAUACAGUUGAUGUCUCUUAAUAAACAUAAUCAGUAGAAAUAUUCAGUGUUCUAGAGAGGAUAUAGAUGUCUUGUAUAAAUGAAACGUUUUUACAAAAAAAGCAGCACACAACAUGAAUGAAUUUCUUUUAAAUUGUUUUGUCUGUUUAAGUUUGAAUUGUUGGUGUCUAUCAAGUUUAUAUACUUUUGAUAAACUGCUUGCACAUGUUUUUUUAUCAUUGUUUUGGAAUUGUUUACAAAUAACAUAAAUAUCCAGUUUGCCUGAAAAAGAUAUAGAAGCCAGUGCAUGGUCACUAACUACUUUACAUUUAUGUUAUUUUUCAAGAGUUUGCCAGUAUGGGCCAAGUUUCAAGGUAGUGCAUAUAAACAUAAGGCAUCUGGCAUUGUGACAAGAAUUUGAUUACAGUAUUGUUGGACCAGUGUUGACUUUAAACUAUAUGUAUUACAGUAAUUAAUUACUCAGGAUGUUUGCUGUCUUCCUUUUGUCAAUAUGUCACCUGUGUAUGUCUUUUUGGCAGCCUAGUCUGAUACUAUUGUAAUUAAAAUAAUUAUAUGGUAACUUCUGACAACUUCUGGUAUUAGUUGCCAAAGUAGAUAUUAUGUUUAGAUGAUAAAAUGUCCUUGUUAUAUUUGAUGUGAAAUAUGUUUUAAUGUAUCUUGAUUAACUACUGGUGCUUUGAAUAAAAAUCUUGUAGUAACAUUGUAAAAUUAAGAAACGGGUCAUUUUUUUUUUUAUAAUACUCCAUCAUGUUCAUAUAACUACCUGUAUUAAAAGUGUGCAGUUCAAUUGUAUUUUUCUUAUUACAGCAUUUAAUGCUUUAUUCUUAAAGGGGCAGUCUCAGCUUUGGCUUAGUUAUAGGUUUAUAUUUAGGAACACAAAAAUAAGUAAGAGGUUAAAUUAGGUCUCUUGAAAGCUUUAUUACUCAGAUACAUAACAACAAUAAAUGAUAACUUAUUAUAAAGUUUCUUCCAACACCCCACAACAAUUUGCAAAAAACAACAACCAAUAAAUAAUAAUACCUUGACAUCCUCUAAUUCAAUGUUGACAAUUUGAAAUUUUGUUUUUAUCUUACGAGGAACCUUUUAAGAGUAGCUGUGUAUUGUUGUGUAAUCUGUAUGGUCCCACAGUUUCUAAUCUACUUUUUUAACAUUAUUUUCAUAAUACUAAGUUUAUGUCAGACCAGAUUACCAUGUUAUGUUUUUUUCAGAAGAGAUUAACAUUUGAAUACCGGGUACAUAAAAAAACAGGUUAAUGGCCUUGACAGGCAGAACUAAUUUUCAUUAACAUGUACCAGUAAUGCACUUGCAUGAUUGUGUAAUAGUUUGAUAUUGUGAUAUUUUUAUGUGAAAGGGACCAUUAUUUGGUGUGUGUUUUAACUAGAUUUCUUUUUAACAAUUUAUUAUGUAACAAGUUUUACUUUGAAAGAAUCCUGAAUAAAAGUAUGAGGUGCUGA